GUUGUAGCAGCCGUCGUGUCCGUCGACUUCCAAACACACCCAUCACGCGUGCUCGCCACCGUCUGGUGGAUGGCCAGUCGACUGUUCGCGACAAGCUCCGCUCCAGCCCUCGUCUCGCCUUGACAACGGGCGAUGGAGCGCCAAUCCUGGUUGGGUUGCUCAACCUCGACCUGAGCUCAUCAUGGCUGAUCAGUCGCGAUUGCACACACGGUCGAGUUCCGCGGCCCCUCCUCCGCCUCCUCCCCCGGCACCACCGCCGCAACAGGGCCAAAGGUAUACCAACAGAGCCACGAGCGCGUUAGCUCGAUUUGCUCAGCCAUUUCUGUCUGGCUCGAGACCCCCGAGUCCGUAUAACACAAGUCGGGACGAACCUUCGCCCAUUACACGCCCUGCGCGGGCCAGAUCAUUGCCGGGUCUCUCGCAGACGAUUAUCCAUAAGACGGGGCUUCCAGUCACUUCGCUGGAUAUAUCUCCCCAGAAGACACAUGCCGUAAUCGCUGGCCGGGAGAUCCUGAAGACGAUUCGCGUUUCCCCUGAUGGGUGCUCGGAGGAGUUCGAUCUCCGGAAUGCAAUUGUGAACUCGUCUGUUAAUCAAAAUUCUUCAGCGCUCUCCGCCAGGUACAAGGAUCAGCUUUCCGUGAAGGACGUUAAGUGGUCUCAUGGCGAGUAUGACAAGAUUAUUGCAACAGCAGUGGCCAAUGGGCGCAUUGUCGUCUACGACUUGCAGCGUCCGACUUUGGAACUUGCCCGCUUUCAAGGCCACAGUCGACAGGUUCAUAAACUAGCUUUCAAUCCUCAUCUGCCCGCGUGGCUGCUUUCCGGCAGUCAGGAUGCUACUAUCCGUAUGUGGGAUCUGCGCAUGGCGUCCGGAGAGCGCGGGGUAGCUACAUGCAGCAGUAAGGAACGGUACAAUGGGAACAGCGAUGCUGUUCGCGACAUCCGCUGGUCUCCCACCGAUGGGGUCAUGUUCGCGACAGCCACAGACAGCGGAGCCAUUCAACUCUGGGACGCACGCAAAGUAAAUGCCCCUAUGAUGAAACUUGCUGCUCAUGACAAACCGUGUUUCUCGGUCGAUUGGCAUCCGGACGGGAAGCAUUUGGUCAGUGGUGGAACUGAUAAGCAGGUGAAAGUCUGGGACUUCUCGUCAUCUGCAGAACGCAGACAGAAACCGACCUUUCAGUUCAGGACACCGCAGGCUGUGGUGAACGUAAGAUGGCGCCCGCCGUAUUGGACAUCGGAAUCUCAGGGUCCAGGUGACUGGCAGUCCACUCAGCUGGUAACAUCCUAUGACAAGGAAGAUCCACGUGUUCACCUUUGGGACCUUCGACGUCCGCAUAUUCCGUUCCGCGAAUUUGAUAGAUAUGGCACUUCAGCGGCCGAUCUUCUGUGGCGCUCAAAGGACUUGCUAUGGACCGUGGGAGAGGCCGGUGUUUUCACCCAAACUGAUAUUAGAUAUGCACCACAGGUAGUCAGUCAGCGUCCAAUGUGCUCCGUAGGCUGGAGUCCGAAUGGGGAGGUGCUCACAUUCGCUCAAAAGCGUCCGCGACGGCGCCCACUAGGUGUCGACACGGCGGAGUUCCUGGAUAUUCGAGAAGAGCACAGCAGUAGCGGUGAGAAGCUUACGAGCCAAAGUCUGACAGAUGACAGCCUUGAUGAAGCUGUAGUCACAGCUCCUAUACGUAAGAGACACGGUGGAGCUGCUGGUAAAAGAGGAUCGAAGUCGGUAAGCCAUACUCCACCAACAGCAGAUGAUACCCCCGAGCUUCUGUCUCUGGAGAAGUCUUUAUCAAGGAGCAAGGCCGUGGGGCCUUGUCAAAUUGGGGUAGUUGGUCGUGUGCCUGGUGUCACGGUCAACCCGGAACUCUUUCGGUGCCUGGCCGAACACUACUCACCCCUGAUAGAAGAUCCUGAUGAUAGCCGGAUGCAUGAAAAUGCCCUGGAGGCUUUGUUGAAGGCAUUUGAUCACAAUGCAGAACAAGCAGAAAAUGUUUCUCUGCUAAAGCUCGCUCAGACAUGGCGGAUUGUGAAAUAUGCUGUCGUCCAGGAGCUCCAGCUGAGAGCACAGAGACAACAAAGGAUACGGGAGCAAGGGAACAAAAAUGCCCGCAAACGACAGUCAGCAGAUGUGACAAUCACUGACAAGACCCGUAAGCCUGAGGAAGGGCGAUCUGAUAAGUUGAAGAGUCGGUUAUUCAAAGGCGUAUUGGAGACGGGAGGCCACAUGGGAGUUAUCCCAGACGCCGAGAGCACGUCCAACAUGACCACCCCUCUUGCGCAACCACUGCCAGACUCACCACCUGGUAACCAAACCGGUUCAAGUCCACAUCUUGUUCCAUUGGAGGAUGGGCUUGUGGAUUUCCAGCCACUUCCACCAUCCGUUAUAAGUUCAAAUUACGCUACUAUGACUUCUAACGAACUUGCAAUCUCCGAUCUUGAUGCCCAGUCAGGGACGCAGUUUGAGCCCCAACCAUCAAAGUCCAGUGAAGAUGUACAGAUGUCUGCCAGCAGUGCACCAGCCAGUCAAUUGCGUGACGCGUCUCUUCAUGAUAUGGGCAGCGAUCAAAGAUCAGCUCCUCGUGCCAUCGCAGGUCGGGCUGAUUGGCAUCUACAAGGUUCCGGAGAGUAUGGCAAAGGGGCAUCUGAGGAAGACUAUGACCAGAAGAUUGAAGACAAAAGAGCAGCAAUCCGCGAUUACAAAAUCGCACCCAAGAAGCUUCUCACGUAUGAACCCCCUGCAGGUGACUUCAGCAAAGCAACUCAACCAGGUCAAGGCUCUGCGGAUAGCUUCCCCAUGUUCUCAGCUUCGACUGAUAGUUCGCAUCGUGCAAAGUCAAUGGGAGGAGCGUCGUUCUCUCCACAGCUGAGACCACGGCAGACGGAAAGUGGAGGGUGGGAUACCGAAGACACCGAGGAUCAAAGUGCUCGGGAACCAAUAAAUGAAGCACAGAGUGGCUCGGAAGUGGACUAUCGUUCCGAACAAGACAAAGAUGAACUUGCCCCGAACAUGUCGUUCGAUGAGUCAGUUUCUGAUACCGAUCGUGUCCACCUCGAGCGACCAUCAAGCCCACCCCCGCUGCGAGUAGAGUCGAAUGGCGUGAGCGGCUUCGAGCUAGAAACAUCAAUCCACAGCACGGAUACCACAACCGCAGCGAGAACAACUGCAUUGCCCUCAGCUUUACGAAGAACACAUGACCUCGAUCUGACGUCCAUCCCCAUGUCCCCAGAAUUGACAGGGACCAAACCUUGGAGUGCUCAAUCAAUACUCAGAGAAACGAUCCGAUACUACCACAGCAGCACUCCAGUUGACGUCCAAUCCGCAGCCCAUCUACUCCAUAAAAUGCAUGUCCUCUUCUAUGCCUGCGAGGAGAUUCUUCCCUACGAGGAACGUGAGCUGAUCUUAAAGACCUACAACGAGCAUCUUCUGCGGCAGUCCAUGUAUGUGGAAGCCGCUGAGCUUCGACUCAUGUGCGUGCCAACGUAUCCGGCUGUCUAUGACUACUCUCAGUCCGAUACUUUUAUCAACGUGUACUGUUACACCUGCAAGAGGCCAUACGAGAAUCCAAAGCGGGAUAACCGUCGCUGCUAUCGCUGUCAGACUCCCCAGGAGCCUUGUUCGAUUUGCAUGAGUCUUGAUCCACCGCCAGAGUGGACGGUACCGCCUCCCGAGCCGCAGAAUCCAGCUACAGGUGUUGACGAUGAUGAUGGACGAACCGCUAGUUCCUUUGCUUCCGUCACGGAAGCCAUACCUGCCUCUGAGUUCGAACAACUUGACCAAGCCGUUUCCGAUUCAUACACUCCUCCGCGGCCCUUUGGCUCUUCCUUAUGGACCUGGUGUCAAGGGUGUGGCCAUGGCGGACAUUUGGCCUGCAUGACGACCUGGUUAAAGGAUGUCUCUAUCAGCGAAGGUGGCUGCGCCACUCCUGGCUGCCUACAUGACUGUGGACCUGGUCCACGCCGUGAGGAAAACCGCGCCCAGCUCGAGGAGUCUAAGCGUCACUCUUCCGGGAGAAAGGGCAAUGUCAGUUUCGCCAGACAUGACUCUUGGACCACGAGUGAAAGUAAAGCGGUGCAAAAUGUCCGCAGCAUGCUAGGUGCCACCACUUCAACCAGCGGAGCAAGCGCCCUAACUGGCUCAACUUCAACGGGCGUGAUGUCUCCGAAGAAAGUCAGGCUGGUCACACCACGUGAGCAGGGCAAACGUCGAAGUGGCACAGUAGGCAGCGGAAGCAGCGCCUUUGGCAGUAAAGAUAGAGAGGGAUCUUCUGAUCUACUGGCUCCGGUGUCGGAGUCACAAUAACGGGCUCAAGGAG